UUACGAUACUCUCUGCGCAUUCAGUUCGCGGGGAGCGCUCGUGCAGUGCGCGUUGUUGUCCCGUGUUCCUCUAGAUGAUUGAUCACGUGGGAAACAUUGCGCCGAGUUUUCGCGAUUUCGUGGCGGAGAAGGGCCGAGGGAAAGGGAAUAAAUGUGCGCGAGUCCGUAAUGGACAACCCUAGCGGCGGAAGAGAUAGUCGGUACGCAAGUCUUGGCUACAGCAUGGGGAUGAUAGGCAGCGACGCUGGCUCGGAAAUGUACGGCCGACCGUCCACCUCCCAACUUACAACUUCUCAAAUAAGCCGCGGUGGCGCCACCAUGAUGGCCGCGGCCGCCGCUGCAGGCGCACCGAACGCCGGCGUGGGAUCUGUACAGAGAGGUAUCAAGAGGACCACUUCGGACGUCUGUUAUGAUGACAGUAAUGCACGGCAGGCACUUUCGCAACAGCAAGCCAUGUCAAUGUCCACGGACUGUGUCCCCGAUAAUCUCGAGGAGUCGUUCACGAGUUUGGGCCAGCCGAAAAAGUCACCCCCUUCGAACGGUAAGAAGACGAAGGGACGGGUCAAGAUUAAAAUGGAGUACAUCGACAAUAAACUGCGGAGGUAUACUACUUUCUCUAAGAGGAAAACUGGAAUCAUGAAGAAGGCGUACGAGCUGUCGACACUGACAGGUACACAGGUGAUGCUGCUGGUAGCCAGCGAGACCGGGCAUGUGUACACGUUCGCGACACGAAAGCUGCAGCCGAUGAUAACGAGCGAGGCCGGGAAGGCGUUGAUCCAGACCUGCCUGAACAGCCCGGACCCUCCCGCCUCCAGUUCCUCCGGCGACCAGAGGAUGUCCGCGACCGGAUUCGAGGAGACCGAACUGACCUACAACAUAGCCGACGACGAGCAGAAAGAAGACGGUACUUCACCUAGGUCGGACGUUUGCGCGAACGAAAGCGAUGGAGACACCAGCGAUGGCGAUUCUCCUGUGUCAAAGGAUCUCUCGAAAAAUCACUCAGGUAUAAUGUACCAGAUGCCUCAGACGGUAAUUUACUCACCGACUCCGGGGGUUCUACUUGGUAUCGGGCAAAAUGGCCAGCCAGUGCAAAUCUCUCAAGAAGGAGGCACGGUUAACUCGACGCAGAGUAAUCAGCCGUUCAUCACGAUACCGCUGAACGUCGCGAUGAGUGCCGCCGGCUUGUCACUUCCGGUUACGUCCAGGAUGAAUCUGUCGCCGCGAUCGCCAACGACGACGACCACGUCCAGCUGCGAGCUACCAUCGGACCUGAGCAAAGAUCGUGAGUGAUACUAUCGCUGAUCAAGCCUCGAGCACAGAAAAAAGAAAGAUAAGAAAAGAAAAAAAGGAAAAAAAAAAAAAGAAAGAAGCAACCCCGAAGCUUGUCGGUCGCCGAUGCGACAAAAGACUUGACCCGACGAGAUUUGACCGGCCAUCUUUUUCCCAACCGAUCGUUUCGGUUCGCCAAAGGAGGCCAGAGUGAACCGUCGCGCGUACAGAAACUCGAAAAUCUCGCGCUGAACGUAUUUUCUCUUCGGCGACGAGAUGACCUGCUUCGAUCGUUCGUUCAGAUUGAUCCGAAACGGCCGAUUUCUCUGCGAUACUAUCGAUACUCACUGCUAGAAUUUGUUGAUUGUCAUGCGAUUUGCUGUUUUGUACAUUGGGAAAUCGUGGAUUAUUGCCGAGGUCUACCAUCUUGCGAUCUAGCUGCUCGCGACGGUAACGCGUUUCGCUGCGGAGGUGCUUUUCUCAUUGUUCGUGGUGUUCGUUAAAAUUUUUAGCAGUCAUCGAAUACAACAACGUUAUUUUACGAAGAAUUGUAUAAAAAUAAAUAAAUCGAAUCGCAAGUUUGAAUGGAUCUUUGCAUGCGAUUUUAUAUGCGUAAAUGAGUGUUGAUUCACGAUUGACUACGGUGUGAAAUUAUCAUUGCACAUUGGUAUAGUUUUGGUUGAUGCUGGGUUUCGUUGGUCGAUGUUUAAUAUCGAUAUUCGUGCAAUACUAGUCUGCCCGAUAAUUCUUCCACGAUGUAACUGUUCACACUGUCCUCGUAGAAUUCACCAUCUUUCGAAAUAUUUCGAAAUAUUUCACAGAUUGUUAAUAGGAAGGAGAGGAUUCGAUAUUUUUCAACAUUAGACAUUAUCUAGAGAAAGUUUCGUGGAGUUGAUCAGCCGAAUGAAGCCCGUUCGAGUGUUUUAAUAAAGAGUAAUAAUAAAAAAAUUUAUUGAUACAUUUUGUGUACCGAUUUUGUUAUAAUUAUACGUAUGUCGGCGAUUUGAAUCUUGUCAUUUUCGAUUUUUCGAGCUUUCGCAACGUAAAUUAUUAGUAGCAAAUAGUUACAAAACUUGCAACUCGAAGUGGUGCCAUUCGACUGCGGCGAAUUUGUUAGGAUUCUUAUCCUAGGAAACACAAGUUUGUAUGGUUGUUCGAGAAUUAUUUUAAAGUUACAAAAGAAAAGAAAGAUAUCGAAACUCGUGUGACAACGAUGAUUCCUCAAUCGUACAGGGUGCUUCUAAAAAUAAUCUAUAAUGACGUUAUCGUUUCUUUUAACUACAGAGAAGAAAGUAUUUGAUAUAUUUUUUAACACAAAAGUGCGAUUAACCAAAGACCUUUUUGGUUCAUUCGAAUUAUAUUAUUUAUUAUCUUAUCCGGAUAAUGAUUCCUCGAGAAAUAACGACCUGUUCGCGAUGACAUCGAGAACUAUAUAAAAAUCACUUGACUUUGUUGAACUCGUGAAUCAGUCAUAGAAUAGUAAAGGCAACAAUGAUGUCUCGAGAUCGAUAAUCAGUUAAUUGAUCGAAUCGCUCAAUUGGUCAGUGAUAGUGUUGGUAGUCGUAAUCGUUUUUUAACAAAGAACAAUACGAUUAAAGAAUUAUACAAUUAUCGUGUUUAAUCAUUAACCAUAAAAUAGUGAUAAGCAUGCAUUAUUGUCAACCAAGUUGAUUUAACAGUAUUUUUAAUCAUCCAAUAAUCUCUAUUUUACACGAUAUGGAAAUAAAUUAUCAGCUUACGAUAAACAACACGCGAAGAACCUGUAUUUUUUUACAAUACACCUACGAAUAUACAACUUUUACACGGAUAGUACUAUCGACACGCGAGGAACAUUGUCAGGCUUGCCAGUUUGUUUUCUUUUGCUUCAUUGAUCGAUCUUAAAAAUGUAACGCUUUCUUUCAGUGUGAAUUUGCUUUUGCUUCUGAAAAUUGUAAAUUUCGUCGAUAUUAUUUAGGGAUAGAAAUUGUCAAGUCACGAAAGUAUCCUUAUGCCGAAUAUUCUGAAAAGGUACCUGUUUAUCGAAAAGAAAAAUUAGAAACAGCGUGGUUUUGGAAGGAAAAUGAAAUGAAGAUGUACUUUUUUAAAAAUUAUCGAAUUUUUUAUGUAUUUAUGUAUAACUGGUAUUAUUUGAUAGUGCCUUCCUAAAAGAUUAGAAGAGAAAAUUCUAGAGAGAAGCUUGAUAUUACAUUUAUAAGUACUAUAUGCUCGUUAAAAUAAAUUUUUUAAACUUAAUAUAAAUGUAUUACAAAUGUCUCUACUUCUAUCUUUUCUUAUUAAAUAGUGAAGCUUAUUAGCUAGUCAAAAGAUUAUAUUAUAGCUAGUCAUUGAAAUGUGCAAUAAAACACAAAGCAGCAUUUAAUUUCUAUAUCGUAACAUUGCUCAAAACAAUUCGAGAAUAUAGUGAAAUUAUUUCAUCAAAAACAAUAAAUAAAAGCCUAAUAUCUGAUAAAAAUUUUUAAAAAAUGUUUAAUUCGCAGAACUGAUCGAAGAACUUUCUAGAAUUUAUUUUCAUAAAAAUAAUUUUCUAUCUUAAGCGAAAUAUUUUAUUAUCGUCACAUUAUUUAAAAUUAUUCUAAAAUUGCUUUGAGCAGUGAAUAUGUUGUAUGGACUGCCAUGAGAAUGAGAGGUUUAUAAUAUAAACGAUAGUACGAUCCGUGGGAUAAUAUAAAAAAUUCUUAUGCCAAAAUCCAUACAAUACACUCUUAUCCAAAAGUAUAUCGUUAUUUUAUAUUGUGCAUUUAUCAUAAACAUCUUGAAAAUAUCAGGCUUUAUCUUGUAUUUUUCCAAAUUUUACAGCACUGACCUAGUCAAAUGAAUUAUAUAACUGAAUUCAGGCAUUUCUUUUCUUACUUCGUCUUGUUAUUGAUUAAAAUAGUCUUACUUAAAAAUAAGUAAUAGUAGAAAUUCGAUCAUUUUAUCUGAUAUUCAGUAAUAAAUAAUAUGUUUUCGUCAGAAACUAUAUGAUUAAAGAAUUAUCAGGUAAAAAAUUUUUUGUUAAACUAUAUUAUUAAAUAUUUUGAUUUUAAUAUAAAUAAUAUAAAUAUAAAUAAAUAAUACGAUGUCUCGUAUAAUUGUCUCCAUACGAUAAUUUGUUCAUAAUAUGCUUUCGCGUGCAAUAAUUGCACGAAUAACUAUCGUAAAUAAUUUUUUCCUGUAAUAAGAAAUGUUAAACACAUCUGCACAAGAUAUACAUUAACUUCUUCAAAUGUAAAUCUCACAUUGCAUAAUUGUGAAAUUAAUUAAA